GGAGAUGAUGAGGUGAUUCUGAUAAAGGCCUUAAACCAGAGAUGCAGGACAUCAACAUUAACAGAACAUGCACAACCAGGCAUAAAGAAUCAGAACCUGUAAAGAGAGGUGAAAUCUCGUUCUCAAACAGGGACCAUAUGCACACCUCAGUGUAAAUACACAUAGACACUAAAGUGAGCAUGUACAGAGAUGGGCUUCUGAAAGCACUGUCUGUGGUUUAUCUGGCUCUCUACUUCCUUUCCGGACAACAGAGCACAGAAAUAUAUGUUCAACAACAGCACAUAUACAGAGUUACUCUGUGCGAGCUGCAGCGGAGACAAAACAGACCUGCACAUUACACAGACUGAAGGCUGAUCAGGGAAAACAGAAACAGAGAUGACUAGAAAUGAUUAUGCAAACUCAGGAACUUCAGCAGACAACAGAUCAGCUGACUUAAAGGACACAUACGAAGCUAUCUAUGUGAAUGAAGAUGUUCUGGAGACUCGGGUGACCAGAAUCCGUACGAAAAGUACCUCAGGAAGCAGAUGUUACAGACUGACUGCAGUGUGUGUGGUGCUGCUGUGUGUUUUCCUGCUGACUGCCAUCACAGUGCUGUGGAUCAAAUUCGAUACAGAGCGAAACUUAAGCAAGCAGUUACAGCAGGAGAGAGAUGACCUUCAGAAAAUGUUGGAUGUAUUAGAUAUGCAGGAAAAGCUGAGAUGGGCAAACUUCAGCUCCAGUCUGUACUACUUCUCUGAGAUGAAGAACUGGACUGAGAGCAGACAGGACUGCAGAGAGAGAGGAGGAGACCUGGUGACCAUAAACAGCAAAGAGAAACAGGAGUUCAUCGUUGAACAGCUGCAAGGAAGUCGGACUUGGAUUGGUCUGAGUGACAGAGAAGCAGAGGGAGAGUGGAAAUGGGUGGAUGGUAUGCCACUGGCCACUGGUUUCAGGUACUGGGCUGAACACCAACCAGAUAAUUACAGUGACGAAGACUGUGCUGAGAUUGGGUUUCCAGAUAGACAGAGCUGGAACGACAGACCAUGCUUUCAUAAACAAGGCUGGAUCUGUGAGAAGAGUGUUGGAUCUGUCAGAACAGUAUAGGAAAAUAAUAACAUGUUCACAAAUAAAUCAAGCUGAAUGUAUUUAUCAGUUGGAGGAGUUACAACUGUCAUCAUCAUUAAAGCACAAUUACGGUGCACAGCAAUAUUAUUUGGCAUCUAUAUAAUCAGCUGUACAGCUUGAUCUGUAAGCUGUGAUGAUAUAAACCUCACUCUCUCUCUCAUCAGGCUUAGGGUCCAGUACUUCAUCCAUUAGGUGGAAUGAAUUAUCAGAGACUCUUAGUAAACACACUGUACUAAAAAGUCACAUGACCACACCAAUAUUAUGUAAUAGAUCUCACCACCUGAGAUGAGUUAUGAUCAUGUGACCCUCUAAAUUGACCUGCUCACACAGACCUGCUCACACUUUCACAUUAUAUUAACUCCUCUACUUACAUGCUUGAAAUGUGAAGUUUGUUUGUUUGUUUGUUUGUUUGUUUACACUCAUGUUUAUUACUUCACUAUUUUGAAUAUGAGUAUCUUUCAAAACUUCACAGGCAAUAAAUUCUUUAUCAAAUUAAUCUAUGAAUAAAAAUGAUCAUCGUUUAUUAUUUGUUGAUUGAUCAGAAGUUUUGUUUAUUAUUAUAUAUUAGUAAUGAUAUUUAUUAAACACAGUGUGCUGUUAUAGGAAAACGAUUAAUGACAGGGUGGUGGGAUGCAGUCUGAAGUUAAUUAUUUUCCAAAAACAUACUUUUUUUUAUUCCUCUUAUACCACAACAAUUUUCAAUUAACAAAUUUUAAAAAUGUAUUGAUUAAAUACAUUUUAUGUGUUUAUAGUUACAUUUAAUGUUGUUAAUGUUCAGCAAAACAAGAUCGUGUUAUCAGAUGGAUCUUCAUCAGCCAUGCAAAGAACUUCUGAAUAUUUGUGUAUUGCUCUGUGAUUAUUACUCAGUUAUGCAAGGAAUUGUUCUAGUAACACAUCCUUUGUGUAGAUCAAUCAAAUUCUUUACUCCAGAUCCAGUUCAUAAAAACAAAACUAGUGGAUAAUAAUUUUUUUUUUACAGUCCACUCAAAAUAAAGUUUUUACUUUACUAUUAGCACUAUCUUUUAAUCCUGUUUCAUCAGUAGUGGCUGGCAUAAAUGGGCUAGCUGGGCUAAAGCGCCCCCUGUCUUUCAAAGAUGAUUAUUUGCUGUAAAAUAUGUCUUAAUGUGGAUUCUUUUGGAUUCUGUGGAACCGAGCACAACAGCACCACCAGCAGUCAUAAGAAAAAUAUACAGAAUGGUAUGAAAAAGUGAGGAGUCUGCUUGAUGGCUACUGAGCUAAAAUCAGGAUCACAGCUCACUCAUAUAUCAAACAUGAAACCUCACACUAUG